CCCAGCCCCUCCCUGCCACAUGGGGAAGGUGAAAGCACAAAGGGACGGCCCAGGGAUCCAUGCUUCCUCAUAGGAGAGGACAUAAUGACUGUGCCAGGAUGGACCGGAGUCUCGGCCCUGACCCUCGGGGUUGGGGGCCUGCUCCUGAGUCUCCUCUUCCCGAGGCAACCAGGUCCCAAGGUCCAGGUGACCACUGCACCCUCCUCCUGGGCCCGUCUGGGCUCGGGGGCCCAGCUGCAUUGCCGGUUCACUGUUGAGGGGCCAGUGGUCCUGGACUCCGUGCGGGUGCAGUGGUAUUUAGGGGAGCGGAAGGUGGCCUGGUACGACCGGGGCAGGAGCCAGGCCCAGUCCGGAGCCAGCCUGCCAUCAGAGAAGGAGCUGCAAAGUGGAGAUGCCUCCCUGUCACUGGCUGUGGUGACCCCAUGGGACAAGGGCUUGUACAAGUGUGUCGUGUGGCACAAGGAACAUCAGCACCAGGGAAAGACCCGACUGCACCUGCUUGUUGGCCCAACAAUCUCCAUCCCAAGACCACAAGCUGUGGCCGGUAAGGAAACAUCGCUCCUGUGCCAUGUGGUGGGGUUCUUCCCCAUGGAUGUGGACGUGGUGUGGCUGAGAGACGGGCAGGUCCAGAAGGGCUUCACUCGCUCCAGCCCCCAAAGAAAACUGGAUGGGACCUUCAGCCUCACCCUGAACUACACCUUCACUCCUAACCUGCACGACACUGGCAGUGUCUUCUCCUGCCGCGUCUACCAUGAGGUUCUGGGGCAGUCACUGCAGGAGGACGUCUCCCUGGACAUCCUAGCUGCCCCGACGAUCUCCAUCCCAAGACAACCAGCCGUGGUGGGCAUGAGGACCUCCCUCCUGUGCCACAUCAGGGGGUUCUUGCCCAAGGACGUGGAUGUGGUGUGGCUGAGAGAUGGGCAGGUCCUGAAGGACUCCACCCGCUCCAGCCCUCAAAUGAACCCAGACGGGACCUUUGACCUCACCCUGACCUACACCUUCACCCCCGCCUGCAGCGAUGCCAGCAGUGUUUUCUCCUGCCACGUCCACCAUGCGGCUCUGGGGCAGCCACUGCAGGAGGACGUCAUCCUGGACAUCCUAGCUGCCCCGACGAUCUCCAUCCCAAGACAACCAGCCGUGGUGGGCAUGAGGACCUCCCUCCUGUGCCACAUCAGGGGGUUCUUGCCCAAGGACGUGGAUGUGGUGUGGCUGAGAGAUGGGCAGGUCCUGAAGGACUCCACCCGCUCCAGCCCUCAAAUGAACCCAGACGGGACCUUUGACCUCACCCUGACCUACACCUUCACCCCCGCCUGCAGCGAUGCCAGCAGUGUUUUCUCCUGCCACGUCCACCAUGCGGCUCUGGGGCAGCCACUGCAGGAGGACGUCAUCCUGGACAUCCUAGCUGCCCCGACAAUCUCCAUCCCAAGACAACCAGCCGUGGUGGGCAUGAAGACCUCCCUCCUGUGCCACAUCAGGGGGUUCUUGCCCAAGGACGUGGAUGUGGUGUGGCUGAGAGAUGGGCAGGUCCUGAAGGACUCCACACACUCCAGCCCUCAAAUGAACCCAGACGGGACCUUCGACCUCACCCUGACCUACACCUUCACCCCCGCCUGCAGCGAUGCCAGCAGUGUUUUCUCCUGCCACGUCCACCAUGUGGCUCUGGGGCAGCCACUGCAGGAGGACGUCACCCUGGUCAUCCUAGCUGCACCAACAAUCUCCACCCGAAGACAACAGGGCAUUGCAGAUGCCGAGACCUCUCUCCUGUGCCACGUGGGGGGCUUCUUCCCCGAGGAGGUGGACGUGGUGUGGCUGAGAGACGGGCAGGUCCUGAAGGGCUCCACCCGCUCCAGCCCCCAGACAAACCCGGAUGGGACCUUCAGCCUCACCCUGACCUACACCUUCACCCCCACUCACAGCGAUGCCAGCAGCGUCUUCUCCUGUCACGUUCACCAUGCGGCUCUGGGGCAGCCACUAAAGGAAAACGUCUCCCUGGGCAUCCGAGUACAGAGCACAGACGUGGAUCAAACCAGAACACUGAUCAUAGCCAUCAUAAUCAUAGCAGGAACCGUGGUCAUCAUAAUCAUUUCCUGCCAUACAAAUAGGAGAAAAGGCUGGGCAGUCUCAUACUCCAUCUCGGAGGUGGCUGGGCCAGAGCGGUGCCUGCUGGGCCAGGAGGUGACCCUGCGCUGCUCCAUGGAGGGGACGUUCCCUGAGGAUGUCACCAUCAAGUGGGAGUGGAUCCACAGUGAGGACAGGACCGUGCCUGAGAGCAACCAGCCGCAGUCCUCAUCCGCUCCCAGGGUCUGCAGAGUGACAGAGGAGAGAGCUGGGACCCGCCUCACGUCCUCCCUGAACUUCACCCCCACGCUGCAGGACGACGGGGCGCGGGUCCGGUGCCUCUUCCUCCAUGAGACCAAACUGAUCAGAGAGGAGCGAGUGUCCCCGGAGAUCCGGGUGUGGGCCCGGCCGCAGGUGUCUGAGAUCCAGGUGUUGCCAGAGUGGGACCCCCGCGACAAGGUGCCGUUUGCUGUCCAGCUCCACAACUUCUACCCCAGGGAGGUGCCCCCGAUCCAGUGGGGCUGGGACGGGGCCGGGAGCUGGAGGGAAGACCCCGCGCAGAUAGACAAGAACGCGGACGGCACGUUCACCGCGACGAGCGUCUGGAGAGUGCCCAGCCGGAGCCUGACCCGGCCGGAGCUGCGAGUGCGAGUGUGCGUCCAGCACGGCCCCAGAGAGCCCCCGAUCGAGAGAGAGCUCAGCCUGAGGGCCGUGGGUCUCCUGCGGCCCCCGGACGUGUCCGACAUCUCCCAGCCCGAGUCCAUGGCCAAGGGGAAGGGAGUCACCCUGAGCUGCCGCAUCGCGGGGCAUUUCCCGGGGGAGCUGAGCGUGACCUGGCUGCGGAGGGGCGAGGGGGAGGACACUGCUGUGAUCCUGCGGGACUCGGCUGACUUCAGGGUGGAGCCCGGCACGGCCGUCCUGGCACGGGACGGGAAGAGCUUCCAGCAGGAGACCAGACUCACCCUCUGGACAUCCAGGGACCAGGGGGCAGAGUACAUCUGCCGUGUGGCACACCUCGCCCUGGAGACCCCCACUGAGAAGAGCAGCACCUGCCAUCUGCACCUUCCAGACCGGGGGGAGGGCUCCCAGCUGCAGGACCUGGUCCCCAGGCAGCCGGUCACUGUGCAGAGCUUUGUAUCAGGCUCCUACAUCAGGCAGCUGGUGAUGCCCUGGCUGGGAAAGAGAGCAAGAAAGAAGGAGCCCAGGCCCCUGGAGAACUCAGAUGACCACGGUGUCCUCACUCCGGCCCCCAGCCAAGCACCAGAUGGGAAGUCCUACAGCGUGGAGUCCAAGCUGUGUGUUCCCUCCAUGGAGCCUGAGGAUGCUGGAGUGGAGAACCAUGGCCAUAUGGAGCACGAGGCCCUGAAGGAGCCCACGUCCAGGUCCAGCGAGCAGCUGCCACAUCAGGGUCUUUCAGAGUCCCCCAGAGCCUCCAAGAGCUGAAGAGGGAGGUGGCAGCCAAAGACAGAGGCAAUGUCACCAGCACUGCAUCUCUUCCCCACCCAGGAGAUGCCAGGGAUGGUGCCCACAGCUGGGCUGAGGGAUCAAGGAUGCUGGGCCCAGGGUCUCGGUCGUGGCUGGAACAUGGCUGGGUCAUCCCCAGGCCUGCACUGGUGGAUGCUGCUCCUGCCGUUCUGCCUUCAUGGAUGGCCUGUGCGGUGGGGCUGGGCAAGGAGCCCAGGGGUGCGGACUGUCUCAUUCUCUCUGUCCAUGGGGUCCCUGUCCAUGGGCUUCCAGAAUAAAGAUGAGAGUGCUGAUGUUUA